CUUUCCUCUGUGUCUAUUCUGCUGCUGGCCUCUGGCUUUGCCCAGGCAGGCAGGCUGCUGCUGGUCCCCAUGGAUGGGAGUCACUGGUUCACCAUGCAGAUGGUUGUGGAGAAACUCAUUCACAAAGGACAUGAAGUGGUGGUAGUGGUGCCAGAGGUGAGUUGGCAGCUGGGAAAAUCCCUGAAUUUGACAGUGAAGACAUACUCAACUUCUCACACUCUGGAGGAUCUGAACCAUAUACUCAAGGCUGCUUCUGCUGCUCAAUGGAUAAAUCCAGAACAUAGUACGCUUUCUUUAAUCAGAGGUUUUGGGAAAGUUUUUUUUGAUUUCAUAGCUUCACACUGUAGGAGUCUGUUUAAUGAUAAGAAGUUAGUGGAGUACUUGAAGCAGAGUUCUUUUGAUGCUGUGUUUCUGGAUCCCUUCGAACUGUGUGGCUUGACUGUGGCCAAGUAUUUGUCACUCCCUUCAGUGUUUUUUUCAAGAUAUUUCCUUUGCCACUAUGUUGAAGAGGGGGCCCAGUGUCCCGGGCCACUCUCUUAUGUCCCUAGACUUUUCUCAAAAUUCACAGACACCAUGACUUUCAUGGAGAGGGUGUCCAACCUUGUUUAUUAUAUGGAAGAACGUGUAUUUUGCCACUACAUCUUCAAAACUGCUGUAGAAAUUGCCUCUGAAGUUCUCCAGACCCCAGUGACUAUGGAUGACCUCUUCUAUCAAGUGUCCAUUUGGUUGUUUCGCACAGACUUUGUAUUAGAUUUCCCCAAACCUGUGAUGCCAAACAUGGUGUUCAUUGGUGGGAUCAACUGCCAACAAAGAAAGCCACUCUCCAAGGUAUGUUGUCUCUUCUUUAGCACAUGA